GCCUAUUCAACAUUUAAGGUUUCUGUGAUGUCAGGACAAUUAAAGAAUGACACUGGGGAAAGGAAACUGAGAGUAACCCUUUUGAGUGCUGAAUGGAAAGCUUCAAGCAAUGGAGACUGGACAACCAUCAACAGAGAACUAGCAAUACAGAUGGCUAAACAUCCCAAUGUGGAAGUCAGUGUCUUCUUACCUCAGUGUAGUGAAGAGGACAAGAAAGAUGCUGAUAGUUACAAUGUUAAACUCAUUGAAGCUGUUAAACUGUCUGGUUUUGAACCAGUUCUUUGGCUAGCCUCUGUACCUGAUGGCCAUGCUAUAGAUUGUAUUCUAGGGCAUGGAGUAGCUCUUGGUCGGCUAAUUCCACUCAUAAAGAAAAAUCCAAAUUACAAUCAUUGCAAAUGGAUUCAAGUUGUCCAUACUGCCCCUGAAGAAAUUGGCAUGUACAAAAGCAUUUCUGAAGGUCAACAAAUGCAGAAAACAGAAAUAGAACUAUGUGAAAUGGCUGAUCAAGUUGUAACAAUUGGCCCCAAACUAACUGAUGCAUAUAAGCACCAACUUGGACAACAGGAUGUUUUUAAUCUGACGCCAAGCAUAUUCCCUGAAUUUUCAGAAGUGCAGCAAGCAAGCGAUGAAAGAAGAACGUUUUGUGUCUUGGUAAUUGAGAAUGGUAAUAGUGAAGAUUUUGAUGUUAAAGGAUAUGAUAUUGUAGCAAAAGCUAUUGCUAACCUUAAGGAUAAAUCUUACCAACUCAAGUUUGCUUCCAAACAGAGAGGAAAGGAAGAUGAAUUAGCAGAAAAGUUACUUCAGUGUGGUAUUGAUCGUAAUCAACUAAUUAUCUGCAGCUUUGAUGAAAACAGGAAAACAUUAGCCAACUUAUUCUCUGCAGUGGAUAUUGCCAUUUUGCCCUCAAAAACUGAAGGGUUCGGGUUAAGCGCUCUUGAAGCCAUAUCUGCUGGUCUUCCAGUACUUGUCAGUGGUAACUCAGGUAUUGCAGAAGCAUUAAGGGAGGUGCCUAAUGGGUCACAGUGUAUAGUGGAUUCAGAGGAUCCUGUAGACUGGGCCAGAGCAAUAAAGGCUGUGUGUGACAAAAAAAGGAAUGUACGACUUGCAGAGGCAGAGAUUCUUCGUGAAAACUAUAUGCAGCAGUUCAGCUGGGAGAAGCCUUGUGAUUUCCUAGUUAAAAAGAUGUACAAUCUUGCAUUUGGUGGUGAAAUGAAUAUUAAGGUUGAUGUGGAUGACUUGAAACCUGAAGAACAGAAUAUGCAGACUGGCAUGUUGGCAACAGAGUCUGUCAGACAGCAAGAGGUUCAGCAGCCUGGGGCAUCUGCAACAUCAGCUGCAUCUGGAAGUGUGUCUUAUCCACAGACAGAAGAUCUUCAGGCCCUUAAAGAGGAACUCUUCAUAUCAAUUGUUAGAAAUUAUCUCCAGACCACACCACCACGUUCCAGUGAAGAGCACAAUAGGUUUAAGGAGUAUGUAAAAGAAAUGAGGCUCAUCAUUACUGGUGUUGCUGUAGGAAGUUUGGUGAUAACAGUGAAGUGUGAAUCUCUAAUAAUCUUGGAGGAGUUGUGGACAGAUUACUCAUCUGGUCAUCUUGGUGAAGUAGUUCAGAAUUGUUUUGUCACUGAAAAGAUCUUGAAGGAACUGAACGUGGCUGAGCUGAGGCUGAAGACAACAAUGGACAUAGAAGAGUACAAUGCAUGCAAAAUGUUCUUUGUGAAAGAUGCACUUAGAGAUGCUCUAUCCUCUGACUUCCACUCCACAAGUUCAACCAGUGAAAGUCCACAAAAAAAUGAGCAAUGGGAAAAAAGUGAACGGAAGAAAAAGAUUAUGGAGACAGCAAGAUUGGAAGGUACUUCACCCCUCACUGUAAUACCCACCACUGGUCAUGGAAAAGAACUAGAAGAACUGUGGGGAAGGAAAGGUGGGUUUCCUGUCAUUCAAUUUUCAACCUUUGAUAUUGAGAAAAAACUAACUGAACUAGGCAUGGAGCUUCAGAGGCUCAGAAUGGAAGGUACUUUUCCUCCCCCUGAACUCUUUACUGCUGAUCUUGAAGAUGAACUACAACAACUUCAACAAUUUAUUUGGAUACUUACACUCAGAAAAAGCAUGAAAGGUAGUUCACAUUCCCUUGUUCCCACCAUUAGAACAGUAUUUAGACUACGCCAGGAACUUAAGAAAGUCAAGAUGGAAGCAUUAGAGAACACCAUGUAUCCGACCAUUAGAUCAGGACUGGCGAAGUUUGAUGUUAGUUUACCCGAGGAACUCCAAGACUAUGUCAGUUACUUAUUAGAUGAGUCAGCUAAACUUCACUUACGCAAGCAAGUACUUCAACCACCUCGUGCCUUAGAGGAACUACGAGUAGCAAUGGAUAAAGACGAAUUGAAAACAUUCCUUACUAUUCACAUCAGAGAAGGUGCAUGGCAGGUGGUGCUGCUGUUUACGGAUGAGCUCUCUAUACAUGAACCACCAUGGGGCAGCCAUCAUGAAAUUUAUAAUAAGGACGAGGACGAGGAGGUGUUUAUUGAAGUGAUAUACAGUUCGAAGUCAGGCAUAUUGAAGGCGUGGCCAACAGAGUUCGACCCUGGUUUGGUAGCACUGUGUAAAGCGAUCACCAACAGGGACUGGAAAGUAACCAGAUUAAUUCUCGCGUACAGUCGGAUAUCUGAUGAAGGUUUGAAGAACUUAAGUACAGCGCUUACUCAGGGUGAACUUUACAGCUUGACACUGUAUGACAUUGGUUUACAAAAUCAAGGAUUAGAACACCUGUGUACCGCGCUAACCAGCGUAAACUGCAGAUUAACAAACUUAGACGUCAGUUACAAUGAUUUGGGAGACGUAGGAAUAAUGCAAUUGUGUAACGCGCUAGCCAGCGUUAACUGCAGAUUAACAAGUUUAAACGUCAGUUGCAAUAAGUGGGGAGACAAUGGAGGAAUGCACUUGUGUAACGCGCUAACCAGCGUUAAUUGCAGAUUAACAAGUUUAAACGUCAAUGAAAAUCAGUUGGGAGACAACGGACUGAAACACUUGUGUGAUGCACUGACCAGCAGUAACUGUGCUUUAACCAAAUUAAAAGUCGGUUUUAAUAGACUAGGAGAUGGAGGAAUCAAAGAAUUGUCUGAAGUCUUAACCAACGGAUUCUGUACAUUAACAAGCUUAGACAUAGGCGGCAAUGAAUUUGGAGAUGAAGGAAUCAAGCACCUGUGUAAGGCCUUGACUGAUACCAAAUGCAAACUACGGAGCUUAAACCUCCAGGGAAAUCGGUAUGUAACAGAUGAUGGAAAAAAAUAUUUGUCUCAAAUGUUAACUGGUACUGACUGGGAAGAUAAAGGGGCUCUACGACUUUUCCGUUCAACUAAAAAGUAGACCAAGGAACAGGUCAGUGGCACAAAGCCCUGACAGGUUCCUCCUGUUACGUUUCGCUUGUCAUGAAAUAAAUUCCAUUUUUAUGAAUGACAACUUGAAGAUUAUUGUUCAAGGUGAUUAAUUAGAUAGCUGACCUGCUAGUCACUAUCACUUGUUGAACGGAGUAGUAAAAUUGAUCAGCAGUGAGGCAGUCGAAACAUUGCGAUCAAGAAUCGAGAAAUGACUCGCUAUCAUGACACAAACGAUUAUUCAACGUUCAUUAUUCGGUAGACGAAUUUCUCUCUGUUAAAAAAAAUAGACUAUAAAUGCAACUGCAAUUUCGUAUAACGGGUCUGUUGGCAAUAAUGUUGUUACUUUUGUGACAACAAAUUUUAAACUACAGACAAUAGGUUAUACUGGUGAUUUAGCUGCAAUAAGAUGCCAAAAAUAUUGCAAUAAGAGAGAUGAUAAGUUUUGAGCCCGGUGAAGAAAUAGAGAAAGAUAUUUUCUUCGUCUUGUCACGAACGA